GGAAGUAAUCAAACUAAUAAUAAUACAAGCCCAAACCUUGCCUGCCACGCACGCACACAGGAUCCACAUGCGGUGAAUAGCAGCCACGUAUGCCGCCGUAUAAUAUUCUUUAGACGACACUGGACGCCAAUACGCCAUCGUAUAAUCCGCGCACGAAGCAUAUUAUCUCUUAUCUCUCCAUUCCACUCAGCCGCCCACCCGAACCAACACCAGAAUCGCGCACGAAACCAGUCCACAUCUCAGCCGAGACGACCUAACCAGCGCCGGCCGGCAGGCAAGGUCCUGGCCUGCCAAUGCCAUCGACAGGCACAAUGAAGCGUGUGCGGUUUGGGCUCUUGUGGAUGCAUGCUAGAGCUACUACACCACCUGGCAAGCUAGCUAGCCAGCCUUUGGGAUUUGUAUGGCUAUCUGGCAUUGCCCGCCCCUUGCACAUGUUCCAACAGCCUUCGUCCAUCUUCUCCAUUUGGCGGCCCCUUCCGUCUCCUCCCUAGCUUGCACUAUAUAACAACAAGCUACCAUGCAACAUCUCUUCUCUCACAUCACAUCUGAAACAGAAACAGCUAGAAGACAUAUUCAACAGAUUCAGAGAAAGCACAUAUAUAUAGAUAUAUAUAGAGAGAGAGAGGCAAAAAAAGAGCGAGAGAGAGCUGCCGAUUAAUUACCAACCCGGCCAGCUUCCAUGGAGAGAGUUGCAUCAAGCUACUGCGUCAGCCUCCUAGCACAAAGGAGGGCCUACACUGUGGCCGCGGCCAUGGCUAAGAAGGGAGCCGCCGCACGGAGGGUCGACGAGAAGAAGGCGGCGGCCGCGCUGACCAAGCGCGUGAUGGGCAAGAAGGAAGUGAACACGGCUGCCGCUGCGGCAGCUGAGGAGAAGGCGUGGGUGCCGGACCCUGUCACCGGCUACUAUCGCCCAGCAGGUAGCGCCAAGGAGGUUGACGCGGCGGAGCUACGCGCCAAGCUGCUGACGGAGGCUGCGGCCAACUGAUUAAUCAAGCAGUCACUUUGUCGAGCUACAGCAUGAGUUGGCUCACUUGGCUGUCCACCUAGCUUCUCCUGCUUUAAUAUUCGCGCUCGUUGAUCCCCGAGCUCGUUGGCCUAGAGCCUUUUAUACACUGAAUGAUACAUAUAUAAUAUAUAACAGGAACAUAUCCAAUACACAUGAGUUUUUGAUACA